AUGGAAACAAAGUGCAAGAGACAGAAGGUGGAAAGGAUUAAAAGGAUAGUGAAAUUCCAAAACAGUUUUGUGGUUGAUUGUAAGGGCCUUAGUGGUGGCAUGGCCUUUCUUUGGAAUGAUGAAGUGGAGUCUGAAGUUCACUCUUACUCUCAAAACCAUAUUUCUCUCAAGGUUAAGGGGUCAAGAGAAGAAGAUGAUUGGCUCUUGACAGGGUUCUAUGGCUCACUAGUUACUUCUAGGAGACCAUCUAGUUGGUCCUUGCUAAAAGCUCCUAAACCUAUGAACUUAAAGGGCUGGUUUACAUGGUCUAAUGGUAGACAUGGAGCAGGUUUCACAAAGGAGAGGCUGGACCGUGGCUUUGGUAACAAUACUUGGAUGAACUUGUUCCCAAUUCAUCAAGUACACACCCUCACAGCACUAAACUCAGACCACUGCCCUAUACUUGUUUCUAUGGAGAUACAAAUCAAGAACAUACCCAAGAUUGAUAAGCCUUUUAGAUUUGAGGCUAGUUGGUCACUCAAUGAAGGUUGUCACAAGAUUGUGGAGGAAACAUUGAACAAGCCUAGGCUGGCUAGCAACAAACUCAACUAUACUACAGAAGGUUUAAAGCAAUGUAAGGAAAAGUUACUUCAAUGGAGCAUGAAGAAGAUGGGAAACUCUAAAAAAGAGCUUAAGUCCAAGUUAUCUCAAUUAGAUGCCUUGCAAACUAUAAACAUAGGGCACUUGACUGAAAACACUAAGCAACUGACAAAAGAGGUGGAUGGACUCUUGGAAGCUGAGAACCUAAAAUGGCAGCAAAGGGCUAAACAAAGGUGGUUAAAAGAAUGGGAUAGGGACACAAAAUUCUUCCACCAAUGUGCAAGCCAAAGGAAAAAGACCAAUACUAUCAAAAGAUUGCUAAAUGAUCAGAACUAG